AUGAGAGAAGUUAUAUCAAUUCACGUCGGACAAGCAGGUAUUCAAGUCGGAAAUGCUUGUUGGGAACUUUACUGUCUAGAACACGGCAUUCAGCCAGACGGACAAAUGCCAAGCGAUAAAACUAUCGGAGGAGGAGAUGAUGCCUUUAACACUUUCUUCAGCGAAACUGGUGCUGGCAAGCACGUUCCUCGUGCAGUCUUCUUAGACUUAGAACCAACUGUUAUUGAUGAAGUCAGAACAGGUACCUACCGUCAACUUUUCCACCCAGAGCAGCUCAUCUCUGGCAAGGAAGACGCCGCUAACAACUUCGCCCGUGGUCACUACACCAUUGGUAAAGAAAUCGUUGACCUCUGCUUGGACAGAAUCAGAAAACUCGCUGAUAACUGCACAGGACUUCAAGGUUUCUUAGUUUUCAACUCAGUCGGUGGUGGUACAGGUUCAGGUCUUGGUUCAUUGCUUCUUGAAAGACUUUCAGUCGACUACGGAAAGAAAUCAAAACUUGGCUUCACCGUUUACCCAUCUCCUCAAGUUUCAACUGCAGUCGUCGAGCCAUACAACUCAGUCUUAUCAACCCACUCCCUUCUUGAGCACACUGAUGUUGCCGUUAUGCUUGAUAACGAAGCUAUUUAUGACAUCUGCAGAAGACAACUUGAUAUUGAGAGACCAACUUAUACUAAUUUGAACAGACUUGUUGCUCAAGUAAUUUCUUCAUUGACUGCUUCACUUAGGUUUGAUGGUGCCUUGAACGUCGAUGUCACUGAAUUCCAGACCAAUUUGGUGCCAUAUCCAAGAAUUCACUUCAUGCUUUCUUCAUAUGCUCCAAUCAUUUCUGCUGAGAAGGCUUAUCAUGAACAACUCUCUGUGGCAGAAAUCACCAACAGUGCUUUUGAACCAGCUUCUAUGAUGGCCAAGUGUGAUCCUAGACACGGAAAAUAUAUGGCCUGCUGCAUGAUGUACAGAGGAGACGUAUAGGAAAUAGCGGUGAUUAUAGAUAUUUGGAGGUUACUAUGAGGAAUGCCUAAAGUUUAGAAAAAUGGAUAGUUCCAAAAGAUGUCAAUGCAGCUGUUGCUACCAUUAAGACCAAGAGAACCAUUCAAUUCGUAGAUUGGUGUCCAACUGGAUUCAAAUGUGGAAUUAACUAUCAACCACCAACUGUUGUCCCAGGUGGUGACUUAGCUAAAGUUAUGAGAGCUGUUUGCAUGAUCAGCAACUCAACUGCUAUUGCUGAAGUUUUCUCUAGAAUUGACCAUAAGUUCGAUUUAAUGUACGCUAAAAGAGCUUUCGUCCAUUGGUAUGUCGGAGAAGGUAUGGAAGAAGGAGAAUUCUCUGAAGCAAGAGAAGAUUUUAUGGGGAAUUAUAAUAGAUAGGCAUUUUUUAAUAAUUGGAAUAGUUAUAAUUGUGAGGCUUCAUAAGAUAAAUUUAGAAGAUAAGGAAUAGCUGCCCUCGAAAAGGAUUAUGAAGAAGUCGGAAUUGAAACUGCUGAAGCUGAAGGAGAAGAAGAGGGUUACGGAGAAGAACUCAACUUAAAUAUUUAAAGUUUUAUGAUAAAUUUUGCAGGCCAUAGUUUAUAUUUACUAAUCUUAUAAUUUAUAUCACAAUUUAAUAAAUUGAUAUUAAAUAGGAGAUAGUAA